CAGCUUCAUUCACUCUUUAUCCUUCACAACAACAAUUCCACCUCCACCACCAUUCCUCCUAGUUCCGAACUAACUCGUCCCAACUCACCGACUCAACUCAGUACCAGUAGUGCUACUACUGCUGGUGAUAAAAUGACUUUGACAAGCCCACAGCUGCAGAGGUUCGUCCUAACCAAAUACCACGGCGGCUUAUACAAGACUGCCGCCGCAAAAAGCAGCUUUAACAUAAGAGCAAGAAGCAGAAGCUGCUCGGCGAUUGCCAUCGACACGCCGGGUUCUUCCCUUACCGACGUUGCUGGAAUCCGAUGGGGUUCGACUAGUCUGCAGGGUGCCCGGGAGGAGAUGGAAGACGCCGUCGUUGUCCGGUCUGAAGGCCUUGAUGAGUUCUCAUUUGCCGCCGUUUUUGACGGCCAUGCAGGGUUCAACUCGGUCAAGUUCCUCAGAGAUGAGCUCUACAAGGAGUGUUGUGCGGCUUUGCAGGGUGGGCUGCUACUACGUGGAAACGACUUCAAGGCCAUUAGAGAGGCAUUGCUGGAGACGUUCGAAAAAGUUGACUCUAAAUUGUUAAAUUGGCUCGAAAGCAAUGGGGAGAAAGACGAAUCUGGUUCGACAGCUACCCUUAUGUUCGUUGGAAACGAUACGCUGGUUAUUUCACAUGUUGGUGAUUCUUGUGUGGUUCAAUCUUGUUCUGGAAAGGCAGAGGUUCUUACGCAUCCUCAUAGACCGUACGGGAGCAACAAGGCUUCUCUUCAAGAAAUCAAAAGAAUCAGAGAAGAAGGUGGAUGGAUCAGCAAUGGAAGAAUUUGUGGCGACAUUGCUGUUUCUCGUGCGUUUGGUGACAUGCGGUUCAAGACAAAGAAAAACGAGAUGCUGAAAAAAGGAGUUGAAGAAAGGAGAUGGACAGAAAAAUUUGCUUCUCGAGUACAAUUCAACGGAGACCUAGUUACUGCAUCUCCAGACGUUUUUCAAGUAACUUUCGGGACAGAUUCAGAAUUUGUUCUGUUAGCAUCAGAUGGCUUAUGGGACUACAUAAACAGCUCAGAUGCGGUGACUUUUGUAAGGAAUCAGCUUCGAAAACACGGAGACGUUCAGCUAGCUUGCGACGCGCUUGCUGAAGCUGCUCUGGAUCAACGCUCGCAAGAUAACAUCAGCAUUGUUAUUGCAGAUUUAGGGCGGACAGACUGGCAAGGUUUGCCAUUUCAACAACAAAAUGUUGUAUAUGAAUUCGGCCAAGCUUUUGCUACGGUUGGGAUUGUGUCGCUUGGAAUUUGGAUCUCAACAUCCUUGCUUUCGACAUGAACGUGAGACAUCCCGGAGUCCCAAGAAUCUCUAUAACGGAAUGAUGGAAAUCAUCAACAUGGAUUUUCACACGUUACGUUUGUAAAAUCUGAAUUGUACGUGCCUCACACCUUGAUACCUUUGGAUGUAGGUCUCAGUAGUAAAUAAGAACUCACGUGAUCGAUGAUUUAGCUGGAUUGCUAGUUUUGUGAUUGACAUUUCUUGCAAAUUCAAAAUAUAUGUACAUGCAUAAACCCUUCACA